AAAAACUUACAGUGGAAAGUAAUGAAAUAACAUGUAGGGCAUCAAAUAAUGUGAAAGUUCUGCCCCUGUUUGUAACAGCUUGAUACUAUAUUAUGGUUGUUGAGUUAAGGUACUUUAUCUUCUCUUUGCAUGCAGGGUAGGUUCUAUUUUGGGGACUUAGUGGAGGAUGAUACUGGUUGUGAUGAGGAUGUAUCAGCGCUGCAUGCGGGUAUUGCAGAAGUGGCUGCUGCUAAGGCUCGGAUGUUUGUCAACAAGCCUGAUGGAAUGGUUAGGGAAGAAAUGGGACCUUAUGGUGAUCCUCAACAUCCCUACUUUUAUGAAGAUGAUGAUGUUUGGAUGGCACCAGGCUUCAUAAACCAAUUUUAUGAAGUACCUGAUUAUUGGAAAACAUAUGUGCAUGAGGUUGAUGAAGAAAGGGAAAUGUGGUUGAACUCUUUCUAUAAAACUCCACUGAGGAUACCCAUGCCUGCUGAGCUUGAAUACUGGUGGUCAAAGGAUGAAACUCCAGAAUUUGUUCUUGUUAUCCCAGAGCCUGAUCCUGAAGACCCAUCGAAGCUUGUAUAUACUGAAGAUCCCAUAAUCUUACACACAUGAACUGGACGGUUAAUCAACUAUAUUAAUGAUGAAAAAUAUGGGGUGCGCUUAUUUUGGCAGCCGCUUCUGAAAGAUGGGGAAGAGGUGGACCCAAAAAAGGUGGAGUUCCUUCCCCUUGGUUUUGAUGAGUUCUAUGGAAGAAAUGUUGAUGCGAAGAAGAAAAAUUUAUGGAUGCGUGUAGUAUCAGCAGUGGAAAAUGCAUGCAAGCCCAUUUUUGAAAAUGUAGAGAAAUGGACUGAAGAGAAGAGGAAAGCCGGUGAGGUGAAGUUGAAGUUGAUUGAAAAAGAACUUGAACUUGUAGAGGCUGAGUUGUGCCUCGAAGAGGUAAUUGAGGAUGUGGAUGGGGAGUUAAAGAGGAGAGAGAAAGAGGAGGAGAAGGUCGAAAUGGGUUUGCAGGAGGAAGAAGAUACUUCUGCUGCAUCGGCUAAGCAAGAUGAGAAACCCUUAGUUGAAGAGGAUGAAGAUGAAGAGGAAGAGGAAGAUGAAGAUGAGGAUGAUGUUGCGCCAUCAAGUUUUGGUUCUGCAACUGCAGAUCAAGAUGCAACUAAAAAUGGCCAGAGGGGAAAACCUGGUAAAUCUCCAUUUUCUUCGUCUACAUUGGCAUUUGCUUCAAGUAGCCUCGUCUCUGGAGUUCCAUCCAGGUUACAACGAUCAUUUUUUACUUGGAAAAAGAGUACAGCAAUGCCGAACGCAACUAUUCCCUCAUGCAAUGACGACUCUAGUUGCCUCUCAGCUGUUUCAGUCAGUUUCCCUCCGGUGGUUGGUCGAAAAGUAAACUUGAAAGCCACUAGUCAAAGACAGUUGAACUUCGAAGCCAAAAACUUCUCAAAUGGGAGGUUAUGUCGGAUACGGCCAAUAUCUCAAUUAUGCUCACCUCAUUCAACAUCCAUGGAUACCAGAAUAAGCUCAGAAGAGAUGAGAUCAAGAAAACAUAGUUGGCCGCAUGUAGCACAAGGGACGGAAUCAUGUAGCGUUUUGUCUCUCCACACCCCGGUGUAUUGUUUGAACUCUUAUGAAGAAACUAUACAUGGCAAACCGCAACUAUCUUCCAAGUUAACAUAACACUGGUACGCUAUGGCGGUGAAAGAGGGUCAGUUUUGUAAGCGCCACAUUUUUUUCUAGCUUAAAUUUCAUAUACAUACUCGAGGUUCUCCCUCCAAACCCAAGCAAGACGGAAAUGAAGAUGACGAUGAUUUGAGUUUGAAUGUCUUUUAGGUGUCGUGAAGAGGGCCUAUGCAGCGACAUUGUCACCGUUAUUGUAUUCUUGUAAUUCUCAAUAUCAUUGUAUGUAUGCGUUUUAGGUUAAUAAUAAUAUGGAGGAUGUUAAGUGUAACUCUUAUUCCUCCGGGGCUCCAAAA